UUUGUUUGCUAACUAAACAAAAUUCAUUUCUGACACAAGAGCAUUAUUUCUGCGAAUAAAACAGAGCAUUGAGCUGAUGGAAAAGUUGUGAGAUGAAGAGAUACACAAGAGAAUGGAACAGAAGAAAAAAAGUUCAAACCCAAAACCCUGUAUGUGGAGUGUUCAGACCGUUUGACCACCAUGAUUCAGAUGAUGAUGAUGACAGUGAGGAAGAGGAGGAAGAAGUACAGUUCCUCAGUUUUAAAGAAAUCAAGUCCUCAUUUAGUGGAGGAAAAACAUUCCUCAAGAGGACGAAACAAAGAGGAAUUAAAGGGACAUUGGUUGACCAGAGAAAAAGAUGCCGAGUGGACGUUAACGCUGGAUUUCAUCUCAUUGAUCCCUGGUGGCGGAUCCAAAUUUUGAGAACAGAUAGAAAGUUUGAUGGCUUAUCUCAUCAGUCUGACAUGUGUGCCAUGUCUUACCAGCUCCUGGAAAAGGAGUGGGUGCUAAAGAAUGGAGUCUUGUUCCAAUUCCUUAACAAGUUCACGUCACAGGUGAAUAAAAAGCAGGAAGACAUAGAGAGGAGAGGUCAGCGUCAUCAUAGAAUUCAUGAUUACAGCACAGAUCCAGAUGUGGAGGACUUCGACAAGUUUGUUUGUAACACAUUAGGGGAGCGGCACAAGUUGACCUUUGAGGAUGUCUAUGAACUUUUGGACAAGUUUGAGAACUACCUUCCUGAAGAUGAGAAAGUAAAGGCUAGAAAGUUAAGGAAUGCUGUAGAUAGUGAAGAGGCCCAGCUGGUUUAUAAAGCUUCAGAAUUUCCUCUGAUGUUUAGUUUGUUGCCUCAGCUUCUACCAAUGCAGUUCCUAGAUAUCAUCUGUAUGGACACACAGGAUCUGGCAGCCAUGGAAAAAGAUUUAAAUGAGAGACCAUGGGUGUUUGGCUUUAAACAGAUUUUAAGUAAGGACCACCACAUCAUUGGAUGUGAAGCUCAGUGGAAUUAUUACGAGAAAGCAGGUCUUGCACAGCACCUACAACAGCCCUACAGAGAUGGAUUACUGAUCUACGAUUAUCUUAAAGUCCAGACGAAAGAGGGCCACACAGGACUCAAAAGUCGAAAAAUUCAAGAAGAAAUGCAAACUUAUAUGUUGAAUUACAAGGAGGCAAUCAGUUUCCUUAAGAGGAAUAAAGUGGUGAAGGAGGAGACCAUAAAGGGGGUGGUCUGGAUAUUCCUGUAUAGUCUGUAUAAAGCAGAGGAGUACAUCGCACAGGGGGUGACACGUCUCUUCCAGGAGCAGAUGGAGGAGCAGUGGAUUCUAGAUGUUGAUCUGGAGAGUGAAAAAUUUGCUGGUAUUCGGAGUGAUCCUGACCAACUGAAUGCUGCUAAAUUACUGACCCAGCUUCCUGUAGUAGUGAUUUCUGGGAAGGGUGGGUGUGGUAAAACAACUGUGGUUACAAAGGUGAUGUCAUCAUGCCAGCAAAGAAUUAGUUCACCACAUAUGGAAGGCGAAGAAGAUGUUGAAAAAGAAGAAAACUGUGUCCCACCCGAAAGUCAAGAGUUACCUCAAUUACCAAGGAUACUCUACACAGCUCCUACAGGCAAAGCUGCCAAUUUACUGGGCAAGAGAGCAGGUGAAACAGGCUACACUCUCCAUCAAGUCACCUACAGCUUUAUGAGAUAUUGUCAGGAGAGAAAGGAGAAGCCAUAUCUGGAGUGGAGGUUUAAGAAUGUGAACACACUUGUCGUGGAUGAAUGCUCAUUGGUUGCCAUAACAACUUUCCAUAGCUUAUUCAAAAUGUUAGUAAAGGAGGCUAAUCUCAGAAGAAUCGUGUUGCUAGGAGACGUUAGACAACUGCCGUCUAUUGAGCCUGGUAACUUUCUCUCGGACAUGUUUGCUGGCCUGCAGAAUCUAUGGUGUGCAGUAGAACUAAGGACCAAUCACAGAUCUGAAUCUCAGCUGAUCAUUGAUAACGCGACAAGGAUUUCUGAGCAGAGAACCCCGGUCUUUGACCCGGAGAGAAACUUCAAGCUUUAUAGAGUGAUCGCAGACAAGGACAAUGACUAUAUCAAUCAAGUGGUGCUUGAGGUACUAAGGAAAGAGAAAUCCCUGCGGAAUGAUAAAACUUCACAGUUUGUUUCAUUUAAAAAGGAGGAUAUCAAAAAGGUAAAUGAAGUCUGCUUAAAAUUCUACAACAAUCACCCACAGAAAGACAACAAAAAGAAACUCAUAUUUCAAGUGGGGGACAAAAUCUGCAUGACCAAAAAUGGCCAGGUUUCUAUGUAUGAAGAAGAUGGUGCUGUUAUGAAACCAAAAUUACUGGAACCAGAGAAAGAGGAAAACUUUUCUGAGGAUCUAGAAAUUUCAGGAGUGGGACAAGGAAAUGAAACUCAGGAUAAUGGUGCAUUUCGAUUAACCCAGGAAGAAAACGAAAAGAAAGAACCAGUGAGAAUUAGACUUUGCAAUGGCGAGAUCUUUUUCAUUAAAGAUGACAAAACCAUCAUAGAUAAUAGUGGAAAAAUUGAGCGCUACCUGUAUCUGUCAAAUGAAGACCCAGAUGAUGCAAGGGAGUUGUGGUGUGAAUUCAGAGAACUCCGGAACAAGUGUAAAAUCAUACAUGCCUGGGCAAGGACAAUUCAUACAUUUCAGGGAUCUGAGACCAGCACAGUGGUGUACUAUCUAGGAAGUUCUGUAUCAUGGCAGAAUUGGCAGCACGUUUACACAGCAGUCACUCGCGGGAAAAAAGAGGUGUACAUCGUAGGAUCAGACAUGGUCCUGAGUAAAGCCAUCUCUAAUAGACCAAAUGUCAGGUGCACAAGUCUCCAGUACCAACUUAAUAAAAUUUUACCUAAUCGAGAGAAAUUGAAUCAGUCAUUACGGGCUUUAACUGAAGAUACAGAGGAUUCUGUCUGUAACAACUCUCUUCCAUACACGCAGACAAACAGUUUCUGUAUGGACAAACCAGAGGAAGAGACGUUUACCAGAAUAAAACUGUCCCCCUACAAACCACACCCUCAGAGCCCCAGGGCAGGACUUUCCAAGCCACCACCCACCCGAGCCUCAACCUGUUAUCAGCCUAGACCUCUGAACUUUUCUUCUCAUUCAAUAUCACCCAUGGCAUCCAGACUCAAUGUUCAGAGUCCCAAGCCUUUGUGUCAGCAAGCUACGUCAACUCCAUCAAUCCGACAGACAUUGAGUAACUUCAGUAAUGUCAGUCCUGUUCAAAAGCAAGAUUCACCAAAUGUGAAUAAAAGCUCAAAUGAAAGUCAGUGGUCAGAAGUUGAUGAAAGCUUGCUGCUUUUCUCUGAGGAACAACUUAGAAAUGAGGCUUUGUUUGAGAACUGUGGUCCUCUGCCUGACGUUAAAUCUGGUGUUGAAAAUGACAAAAGGGAGGAGGCAGAUUGGAAAAAUGAUGAAUGUAAAUCGGAUGCCACUCAAAGUCCAGAUGAAAAUGAUGAAAUGGAAGAAGAGAACUUCAGUCUGGAUGUCAAGAAAAAUGGAUUUACAAGAAUAAAAGAGCAAAACAGACUACAAGAUUUUUCCAAGAAAACAAAUGAAUCUGAUAAUGAUGAAGAAUCACAGAGUCUCUUGCAAAGCAAGGUUGCAGUAAUGGAUGACAUGGAAGAUGAUUUUGAUGAUGCAGAGGAUGAGGAAUUGACAAGACUGUGUGAAGUAGCAGAGAGAAGCUUUGAAGAUGACCAAAGAGAGAAUGGUAAUACAUGUACCAGGUCUAAUGGUGAUUCUGACAGUGACAGAUCAUCCCCAAGUCUGUUGUCUCCACCUCCUUACAAAUCAAAAAAGAAGAUGUUAAAAAAUUCUGAAGAAGGAAGCCACAACAGCUUUAGUUUAUACAGAUCUGGGACUGAGGAGCAGGGAAGGGAUUUGUUAGAGGAUUCUGAUGAUGGUACAUCCUCGCCCAGCAUUCUAUCACCCUCACCAAGCCCCACUAAAAGAUUCAGUGGAGAAUCCCCAAGGGGACAGGUUACUCCAAAGAAAAUUAAGAUGGAUCAACUGCAAAAUCUCUCCUCUCCCAUGCGCAGAAAACUUGACAAUUUGAGUAUGUCACAAGAUUGAUGAUUAGAUAUGUUCUAGAUUGACAAGGAAGCAGUAAUUAUGAUAUAUUUUAUUUAGUUUAUACGCAAAAAUUAUUUGCUAAACAUGUUACUGAAUUUUUGACAUGUUUUAUUACCAGCAUGAGAUUAUUUCAUACUAUGGAUGUCAUAAAUCAUCACUUCUGGAGUCUCAUUAUAAGUCAAUGUGUUUUAAGGCUUUUUAUUCCUCUGUUCUAAAAUUCAACCAAAAAAUAUUGAUUUUCAUCAUCAACAAAAGCUGUAGGUUCCAAUAGAAAAAAAAGUUAAAGUAUAAAGUGAGGCCUACUUUCUCAGAAAUUAAUUUAUGUCUUAAAUUGUGAUACGGAGAAAAUGAGACACAGUGAAAAGAAAAGGCAAUAUUUUGUUGUCACAGCAAAAAUUAUACAUAAAAUAAUUAUAUAAUAUUAGAAAAAAUAACGAAUCGAUGCUUUUUAAGUUGGAAUAUUACAUUGUAUUUUAUAUGUGUAAAAAAAGAGUCAAUCAGCAAGAGUUACCUUUCUUAAAUUAUUCUUAAUGUAAAUAAAAAUAUAAAAUAGCAAUAACAAUACUAUUUAUGGUACUUGGUAAAUUAUUCAAGUUUUCACAUUUUAUUUAAAAUGAUGAAUAUAUAUAUUCUAAUGUAGUAAAAGUUAAGAAAAGAAGAGUGCAGCUGUUUUGGGGUCAAAUUUUUGUAUGAUAUUCUUUUGAAGUUAUCUCUCUUAUCAGAGGGUUGUUAUACCUUAAGGGCAUGAAUUGGGCAGGAAUGCAUCCCAGUAUUUGUUAUGUAAUAGAUGCUUUUAAUCUAUGAUAUAUAUUGAAUUUGCAAUUUUUCUAUUUCCUCUGUUGAAUAUUCAGUGUAUAUUGUUAAUACUCUUUAUUGAUAUUAUAAACAGUUUUGUCCUGUUGUGAAGAAAAUAAGAGUAGAAUUGCCUUGAAAAUUAGGUUUUUACAGUACAUGUAUUGUUUUGUCAACAUUACAAAAGAUAGAGAAAAAAUAUAUGUGGUAGUUUUAGAUGGAUAAAAUAGUUAAGGUAUGCCAUGUAAAUGUAUAUAUGAUAUGUGAACAAUGAAUUAGAUUUUUUUUUAAAUCUACCUAUGCAAGAUACUUCUACAAGUUUUGUACAAUGUAGUUUGAAAAAAAAAUUCUCCAUUAUAAAUUUAUAAAUUACAAAUCUUCUCAAUACAGUAAAACAUGCUUGUAGCAAAGAACAUAUUUAAUGAAUUGAUGCUUACAGUAAAGUGAUUUUCAUUUCUUGUGGCUUUAAAAUAUAUUGUGAAUUUAAAGGAGAUAAGAAAUUACAUUCAUAAUGAAGCAAAUUCAUGCAUCCCUGGCAUUUUGUUACAAGUGUGUUUACUGUAUGUGUUCAGUAGAGAAUUUUAAUGUGUUGGUAAUUUUUAAUAUAUGAUCAUUGAGUGAUAUCAAAUAGCCAUUUGACGUGUUCAGUAUGUGUUCAAAAAUUGCAAAAUAUUUGUUAAUAUUGUUAAAGUUCAGUUUGUUUGAGGAUAUACAGUUUAUUCUGAACUUUACAUAUAAUGUGUUCCUGAAUUUGUAUUCAUUGCUUUUUGUACAUCACAGAAGAUCAUAAUUUUGGAAGAAAGAAUAAAUAGUUUAAUAGUAAUAAA